AUGCCCGACGAUCGUACAAGGAAGGCACGCACGCACGCCCUCCGAUGGAAGUCCUCCCUCCUCUUCCUUCGCUUCCGUCUCCUCCUCCUCCUCCUCCUCCUCCUCCUCCUCCUCCUCCUCCCGCUCCUCCUGCUCCUCCUCCUCCUCCACCGCGUCGAGGCGGCCGCCAUUGGCGUUCCGCUCGUUCGUUCCGUCUCACUCCCAGUCAUCGCGCCAUGGGCUUGGGGACAGUGUUCCUCCCCGUACCCGGCUCGACCCAUUCCAGCUCCCAGUUGGCUGCGUCGUCCGGACGCGACCCGUCACAUCACCUCCCUCAGCCGUCACGCCUCGCCUCUCCCUCUCCGGGCUCUCCCUGCUCGCGUCGAAUCUCGUACGCAUGUGCUCCGUACGGAGCGCGUGCAGCAGGUGCAGCAGGUGCAGCAGCAGGUGCAAUGCUCUGUGGUGUAUUCCCGCAUCGGCUGUGCCGACCGGUGGGGGUCUCAGGUUGUGCAGUCUCCGAGGGAAGAUUGCCCACGGCCCUCGGCGACGACAAGUGCUCUUCCCCGGCAGAGUGCAUGCGAGCACCAGCAAUUCCCUCGACCUGCCUGUCCCAGACAAAGUGCUCCCCAACUCUCCUACAACCGGGUAGCCCGAGCAACCGCGACGCGUCUGCCGUCGGCCGGUGCGUGUUGCUACCCCUUCACGCCGAGCCCGGAUGGCCAUGGACCCCUUCCCCUCCUCCUCCUCCUCCUCCUCACGAUGCGGUCUGGAUGCCUAUGGACACGAGCUCUCUUCGUCUCGCACGCGGCCGGCGAGGACAGCGACGCACGGCUACGCCGCGUGUGA